AUAUUAAUUUCUGAAAAUCCCUGAAAGAGAUGACUCAUAUUGAAAGUUAUUACGUCGUAUUUGUUAGUAUUUCAAGAACGAUAGUAUACAAGAAGUUAAAAGUUACAUUGAAGAAAAUUUAAAGUCAGUGUAGUGCAACAAAGUGAGUCAUAAGAAACAAAAGCACGUCGCCUUUGAAUUUAGUGUUAAAAUUUUAUGGAAAUUUCUGAUUCCAUUUAUUACUUCCUAUUGGCUUUGGUCGUCCCUCCCGUUUACUUAUUCUUCAAUCUUUGGUCGUGGUUAGGUUGGGAAUUGUAUAAGAAUAAUUGAUGAAAAUGAGCGGCUCCAACUUCGAUAAUCAGAAAAACCUCACCAACAUGAAGAAAAAUCUCACUCUUGAUCUCAACCAAUCGAAAAUGAACAUGAACCUUUCGCUAUCCCCUGAUAUCAGUUCGGUCCUCAAAGUGGACACCCCCGAUCUCCUCAAAGUGGACACACCCACCAUUGAAAACAUUAUUUUGGCAAAUAACAUUUCACAUACGCCUUCCCCAUCGCUAAUCUUUCCUCGGGACGUCACCGUGGAACAAGAAAAGUUCGCAGGAGGUUUCGUGGAAGCGCUUAAUUAUCUCCACAAUGGAAAUUCCCAGCAGGGUUCCGAUAGUAAUGCCAGUACGGUUUACAGUGAGCAACAGAAUUUCAUGCCUGUGAUUAAAGAAGAGCCCCAAACGGUGCCCAACGUCAACAAUACGCCCCCAAUGUCGCCUGUUGAUAUGGAAUAUCAGGAAAGGAUGAAAUUGGAGCGAAAGAGACAAAGGAAUAGACUGGCCGCCUCCAAAUGCCGCUCUCGCAAAUUAGAACGAAUCUCCAAAUUGGAGGAUAAAGUCAAAUUAUUGAAAAGUGAAAAUGUCGAAUUGGCAUCAGUGGUCAAUCAGUUGAAGGAACAUGUGGGGAUGCUCAAGUUGGAAGUGAUGGAACACGUGAACGCCGGGUGCCCCAUCAUUGCGGGGCAGUUUUAGGGGGGAUAACACCAGGAUUUAUAUUUUUUUAUAAAAACUAUACUAUAUAGUGAUUUUUAUAAUAUUUUGGUGCUGAGAUAUUUAAAAAUUACAAACUAGCUUUAAUAUUGUAACCAGAAGCCAUUUAAAUUCUAUUAUUUACAAUAGAUUUAGCGCGAAUUGUUUUAUUUUAUGUAGUUUAUCACAUUUUUAUUAGUAAGAAUAGUCUCAG